GACCGCUUCAUUGGUAAGAUCUAACGUUUGGCCUAGGGUAACGAAAGUGCGAGGAUUAUCUGGGGAGUACUUUUAUUUUAUUUUGGGGGCCAUUAGCCGCGAUUAAAUAAUGUAGAUAGGUAUACUACUUGAUGACAAUAUGGCGAGUUCUGAGGGCGGAGGAACGUCAAAAACGAUCACUGCUGGGUCUCAAACAGCAGGGUCGGGAUCGGCUAAAGGAGCACCAGCUCUCCGGAGAAGACGCACCCGCAUCGCCAGCGAGAAGAAGAUUGCCGACGAUGAAUACAUGGCCGCAGCGAUUGGAGAUGUGGAAUGGUUGAAACAAAGUCUCAGAGAGAUUGGUGGACAUAUCAAUUACGAUAAGAAUGGUCUCACAGCUCUCCAUCUUGCUGCGAUUCAUGGUCGCCUGGACUGUCUGAAGCUCUGCAUUGACAAGUUCAAGUUCGACCUGAACCUACCGAGCACAACUGGAUGGCGAGCAGUCCACCUGGCCAUCAGCAAUCAGACAGGGAAGCGCUCCUUGAUCUGCCUCACGUACCUGCUUGACAAGGGAGCUGACUCCUCCAUCUGCAAUGAUGAUGGUAUCAGCCCUGUCCACCAGGCGGCCAGUGAGGGACAUGUACAAUGUCUUAAGCUGCUCAUUGAGAGGGGAGCAAAGGUUGAUGGGAAGGAUUGCCGUGGCAACACACCACUUGACCUUGCUAAACUCUGGGGACACAGGAAAUGUGCAAGGAUUCUGGCAGCGGAGGUGUGGCACCAGGACAAGGACCAUGUGGCACGGGAGAUGAGCCAGCUGAAGAAAGUCCGCAUGCAGCAGAUCCUGCAGGAACUGGAGGAGGAGGAAGAGGUCAAGGCCGCCCAGGAGUUCUAUGGAGAUCAGGCUUUCCGGCAGUGGCUGGGGUCAAGGCACCUGGAGGAGAAGCCUACGGGGCCAGAUUCUCAGAGACCACCUCAGCAUGGACUCUACCGCCCCAACAGUCAGACACUGCAGAGACAGACAGGCAAGAUGAAGGUAUCAAUGGUUAAUAAGACACCAUCCUCACUGGACAAACGCGCAGACACGGACACCAGUCUGUUCACAGAUGAGACGACCGAGGACCAGGUGCAGUUUGAUGACAGCAUGUCUAAGAUGGAUGACUUCAGUGGAGUGAGGGAGCAAACAAUGUCCAGGUCUAUCUCAAGGUCAAGGUCACGCUCCAAAAGUCCAGGAUACAUUAACCCAAAUCAGUGGAUUUUCUCAGCAAAGUUGUCGGAGAAGGAUUAUGUUCCGAACUUGAAGGAUGAGUAUCCGCGAAACGAGUACACAAUGAUGCCUGAAACUGGCAGUGGGCCCAAGUAUUAUGAGGGGAAGCACAUCAAGUAUGUGGAGAUUUCUGAGGUUGAUCCACAAAUGAAGGAACUGAAAAAAAAGAAACUACGAAAACCCGAUCUCCCAAAAGAAAUCGUAGAUCGAGUACUUAACAAAAAUCUAUCUCCUCAUGAUCGUCCUUUCCAGUUUAAACCAAAACAUAUUCAUGACAUUCACACGAAAAAAAAAUAUGAGGAUGAUGUCAAACCAAAGAGUGAAAUGCCACUGCAUAUGUCACAUGACCUGAGGUCACACCUGGUUAAGAGGAGUCUUAGUGUCCCGCUAUCCCUAUCCGCGAAGUCACGGCCGCUGUCUGGAGUCAGUGACUGGAUGCUGGAUACGUUUCCGCGAGAGAUGGUCGUCCACACCAUGAAACAGAUGAGUCGGCGCCAACACUUCCCAAAUGUAAAAGGAGCAGAGUAUGUCCUUAAUAUGGGCGACCUUAAGGGUGUGUGAGGUCAAGGCCAUAUAACAGGGUUAGAAAUUAAGUUUCAUUUUCACUAGUCCUCAAAAGUUAUCUGCUACUAAGUUGCCCUCUACCUAAUGGUAGAAGUGGCAGGCCACAAUCUCUGAAUUUAACAUCUCAGACGAGCAGACUUAAUUAUUAACCCUGUAUUGGCUUUCAUAUUUCCUUUUCAUGAAACAGGGACUCGAUGGAAUGUGAGGUCAAGCUCACACAGACAAGGUCAAGGUCAGCUUAUCGAUUGCCAAUGCUAGUCUGUAGCAACUAGGCCAGGAAACAGAAAUACAUUUAACACAGAGACGUCAAAAGUAUUAAACAAACUGCCAACACAAAACGUCAUGGAGUUUCAAGUCAACAUUUUUGGAUUACGAUGUAAGAUCAACCAUAGAAGGUCCCAGCCUUCUUGACAGCAUUUACUUAGCAAUUUGACUAUUGUUUGUUUAUUUACAUUACUAUAUGAUACUAUACAGUUGUUUGAAUGGUCUUGUGUGCAGUUUCAUAGAAAUAGUGCCUCUUGCUUAGACUAUUUUCUCUACAACUACCUCCUAUCAAAUAUUGUCCUUUGCUGUCCAUAGGUCAGAAGCUCAUUCCAAAAAGGGAUCUUAGCGCUAAGAUGAUACUUUAACAUAGGCUUAUGAUCAUCGUAGCUCUAUGGUCGUUUUGUGGAACGGGGCCCUAGGGGGAUAAUCGGUAUCCCCUGUGUCAUUUCUAAUUGUAUAGUACUCCUCCCCUAUAAACAUGAUGAAGAUACAGCAUUCAUUUCUGUGGAUGUACCAAUCAUAGCUUCAAAGUAUUUUGUGAUGCCCUUACACUAAUCAAGACUGCAGCAUGACCAGGGGAAUAUGAGUUCGUUUUUGCUGUAGUUGACUUUUCGCUGUAUCAGCCCGUUACGUCCAGAGUUUACCGUGGAUAGCUUCCAUAUUUCAAAUGAUUAACACUAUUAUGCUUAUGUUUAUACAUGCUUUUACACCCGAGAUUAUCCAAUAUGUAAGAAAAUGGGCUAAUCUUAGCAUUUCUCCUGUUAAAAUGAUUUAAACUGUUGUCUUCCAUGUUUUAACAAAGCUGCUGUGUGACUUUCCCUCUAUAGCUGUGAUACUGAGGCAGACAAGUUGUUUUGUCUUACAUUUGUGACUGUUUGUGCUGGUUUUCUUGUCUUUUGUACCAAGACAUAUAGCAAUAAAUUCUGCCUUACCAUUG